AAUACAAAAAAAAGCUGUUGGUUGUCAACUAGCAGACACGUUACACAAUAUAAUAAAUAAACCGGAUUGUUUUUGUUUAUUGUGAAAUUAAUCUCAUAACGCACAAAAGCUCAUUCUACAACUUUUUACUAGUAUUAUCCCCGAGGAUGAGUCUUGAUGCAGGUGUGUGUGAACGAGCAUGUCACUGAUCGUGUUUGUGUUGGUGGCGCGGCUCAGGGACGGACUCCCUCUGUCCGCCUCCACCGACUUCCAGCACAGCAGAGAGCUGCAGGAAAGGAAGCAGCAGAUCCGCACAAUAUCAAAAUCUCUGAGUUCUCUUCCUGAGAGAGGGAUCAUCAUGGGUCAUGAGCUCCAUAUCUACUUCUACAUGUCUGACGGCGUGGCCUACCUGAGUGUGUGUGUGUGCAGUGUGUCUGCUGCCGUGGCAUUCAGCUUCCUGGAAGAUCUUCGCUGGGAGUUUACAGCCAGCUUCGACAGCCCAGCGGUGGCCCAGGCGUGCCGGCCGUACCCGUUCUUGGACUUCGACGUCGUGAUACAGAAGCUGCAGCAUCACUAUAACCAGAGUGGAGGUCCUGCUCUUGGAGUCACUCUGAGCACAGUGCAGGAUGAGCUCAGCAUCAGUCCUCCUCGCGUCCUCACCGUGGACGAGAUACAGCUCAGUAACGGAGUCGCAAACGGCCACGCUGAGCAGGCGGCCAUGUCAGGCCAGACUCAGAGGCUGGAGCCGGUGUCUGCUCCUGGAAUCCUCUCUCUCAUCCUCAACAUCAUGUGUGCUGCUCUCAAUCUGAUCCGGGGCAUCCACCUCAUCGAGUACAGCUUCCAGGACGAUUAUGAUGGAUUGUGGAACGUCGUGGCGUUUCUGGUGGCGUUCGUGUGCUGUGUUUGCCAGUGCCAGCUUUAUUUAUUCCACUCAUACAAGAAGAAGAUCAAGUCUUUAACGCUUCUCACCGUCAUCGUCCUCUGUAACUGUUUCCUGUUUGGCCUGAGGAACGUGUGGCAGCUGGCCUUCCACGUGUCUGUGGCCUUCCUCUCCACCCUCCUCAUCCUCAACCGUAAACUACUGGACAGGAGCUCGGACUGUGGAGUGUGAGCUUACACACACACUCUCUCUCUCUCUCUCACACACACACACACACUGAGGCCGCGUCUGCCGGUACUGCUCCUGCAAAUAUACGUGGUAGUAAGACACGAGUUAAGACGUGACACGUGACUUGUGUCUUGAACUUGCAACAGAAGACCAAAUUCCUGGACAAACAUUGGUACAAAUUCUGAAUCUUUGUAUUUUUGAGUGUUUAACAGCAGAAUGUUAUUUCAUCUGUUUUUUUUUUUUUUUUAUCACACUCACAAAUCAGUCACUUUUUUCUCUUCAAAAAUGGAAUUGCUUUCGUAGGAUAUGAAAUGUUUGACGGUUAAAAAGAGACAAAAAGAGACUUUCGGGACAAUCUUAAAUAAACUAGGCUUUGUGUUUAAUUUCAAAACUUCCCCUUGUUACAAAAAAAAGUUUGAUGUAAGCUUUGUAACAAGUAUUUAUCAACAUUUUCUCUCAGGAGAUUGAUUUCUGAUUUAGUAGCCCAGUCUAUACACAGUGUACAAAAACCCAUUGACUUAUUACACAGGACCUCCUUUACUAGCUUAUCUGUCAUAAGAAAUGAUUUGCACUAAUUAAUUGUUUACAAAUCAAUAUAAAAAUGUCAUGUUUCUGGGUGUAAUGAUAAGAACGAUGCUCAUUUUUGUAUCCAGCAGGGUUAGCUGCUAUGUUAUAAUAGAUGAGAUGCUGAGUACUAUUAUUAUUAUUAUUAUUAUUAUUAUAGUAGUAGUAUUAAUAAUAAUUAAUUUUUUAUGGUAGCCCUUGCUGCAUCACACUCUUAAAAAAAACACCUGGUUGUACUUUAGUUUGUACUUUUUAUAGAAUUUUUAUUUAGUUUAUUUCUAAUGAGCUGAAUUUACAGUCCAGAAACAAAUGGUAUCAUGUUUUAGUGACAUUAACAUUGAGAGCUGACAGAGUUUGAAUUAGAAAUGAGGCGACAUCAUGAUGUGACCUGAACCGAGUAACUGAAUAAUCUUUUAUUCGGUCUUGUACGUUUUACACUGCUAAACUUUUUCCAGAAACAGACUAGCUAACUUAUUUCACACACGCACACACACACACACACACACACACACA